AGAAAACUUGCAAACUGUAUUAUAGCGUGUAAUGGCCAACCAAAGCUCAAAAUGUUUCUAUUUCUCUACCAUCCUGGUUUUAUUUCUUGCAGGUCAAUUAAUUCAGGUAAAAGGUGAAUGCACAAAAAUUGUGGGUAGAUGUGAUGCAGAAGAUUGUUCUGCGCACUGUAAUUCCUAUGCAAAAGGUGUAAAUGUUUUAGGAACAUCAUGCUCAUUCUUAAACUUAUGCACUUGUACUUUCGAUCGGCCACCACCUGGAGAACCAACACCUACUUGUGUUAUUGGGAUGGGAAUUUGCACUAAUGACUGUAACUAUGAUUGUUGUAACAAAAAGUGUCAAAGUAGAUAUCCUAAGACAGGUAGUGGAACAUGUAUACUUGCUUUUGAUCAGGAUCUUUGCAUGUGUUCAUAUAACCGUUGAGUUUAUAUUUAAUUGAAAUAAAUAUAAAAUAAUACUAGUAGUAGGAAGAGUUUAAUUUUCAUGAAAUUGUCAUUUCAAUGUG